CGUUGAUAUUCGCUACAUAUACUGCGUGCGCCGUAUUGUAUUCAUAUAGAACGCUGUGAAUGUCCAACUUUUGCAGCCGAGCUUAUGUAUGAUCCGUGCAACGUAUACUAGACGACUGCUCCCCUCCAUUGCAUCUCACGUUAUUGAGCUGCUCCAACUCAGCAAAAUCACGCCAAGUAGCCGGGUAAUUUCCGCCAUGCCAGGCUGACAAAGUGAUGCCAUCCCCAGCUCCUUCGGUACCACUAUUAUCAGACGACUUUUUGCCUCCCGCCUUGGUCCGGUCUGACACAAAUCAGACAUUUGAAGAUGUGGUACGCGAGGUAUCUCAGGCGCGCAUGAGACGGGAACCCGACGACGAGACAGGCAACAGAGACCUCGAGUUCCAGCAAUCAAAGCUAGAGGACCUAAGCGCUUGUGUGGACGAAGUUGAACGACAGAAGCUAGCGCAUUACCUUCCGGAAAAGAUUGUAUUUGAGGCCCGCAACGCCUGCUACGACUCCAUUCGACAAGGACGCGAUGACGGUCUCGAGGCGCUGGAAGACGGGCUCAAGUUGCUCAAUAACGAGCUUGGCGAGGGUCUCGAAUUCUGGGAUCUUAGCAAGGUCGAUCUCUUGCUUGAUCUGGGCCGAAAGGAGGAAGCCCGGCAGCUUCUAAAAUCAUUGGAAAUCCCGGGAGUACUAGAAACGCCUAUUGAGAAUUUGGGGAGCAACCGCCAGGCCGCGUCAGAUCUUUCCAAUGGAGACGCUUCGUCUUCACUGCAUGUGCGUUCACCAAGCCGAGGGAGCUCUCCGCUCCAGAGUGGCUUGAGAGCAGAAGACAUGGCUGCGUCAGCGCAUGUAGAGACCGAUGCACCUCAUCUCGAAAAGUCGCGGAAGCGAUCGUUUCGCGGCGAGAUAAAAGCCUCGGCACCUCAGCCACCCCAGGGACGGAGACGAACUACAUUUAACACCGACGCUGAAUUUGAGCGAAUGCUUCAGCUUGAUUUCUGCCAGAAGAAGUUGGAUUUGGAGAUUCGCGCCGAGCAAUGGGAUCAGGUGAAAAGGACUCAGGUUGAACUUUACGGUCUGGAUCCGAGCUACUUUGAUAUCAAGAAGCCCAUGGACCGGUUCCCGAAAAUAAGGCAGCUUCUCAACAUUGGCCAGAUUCACGAACGCGACGCCAAAGAGAGCAACGAUCCUGUUCGGAAGCGCUCUCAUCUGGAGGAAGCUCUUCGGACUUACAAUCAUGGUUGCUAUGCAACAGAGCUAUUUCACCAACACUUCGACCAACCAUACAAUCAUCUUUACACGCAUGACCACAUCGACUGCGCAAAUCUGUUUUUCUCUGCAGCUCGGGUGUGCAUAUCUUUCCAUGAGUGUGACUUCAAAGAUGGCAAGAACCGUUCCAUCACCCCACCAAGCUGCACUAAGAUUGAGCCAAAGCUGGUGGAGGAUACGUGGAAACAGCAGGCACUGCAUUUUCUUGAACAGGGCAGGUCUCGGUCUCUUCUCGACAGCAUUGUUCGCGGAGAUGAGGUUGUGCCCAGUCUGCAACGAAAACUACUUGAUACGGCGAUCGACAGCUUUGCGUACGCUGCUAGAGCUAGCAUUCGCAUCAUGAAGGGUGAUUCUUCGCGUCCAACCUCGGCGACGUCGUCUCCAGAUUCGCAGGCUGUCAGCCCUUCCGAAUCACCUCCGGAAGGAUUCCGACUGUUCCAAGCGGAUGGCGCUAAGCUUACGCCAUCGAAUGCAAGCCCUGCUUUCAUCCAAGCCAUCGAGAAGAACAAGCGACGUAACACAUACAACCACACGGUUGAGAGACCAACUAUCCAAGAGCCCGAUUCAUCUUCGCCUAUGCUAGCGGAAAGGUCUCCACGAGGCAGCUUCUCCGAGGAGCAAAUGAGACGACUCAGAAUUAGAAUGAGGUGGAGGAGAUAUAUUCUUUACGCCUUCUCUCAGACCAAUCCUACGAUGAAUGCUGCCGCUGCCGCGCUCCCGGAGUCUGGGAUCCGGCCGUUCGAAGAUCUCAGGCAAAACAUUCCGGCUGACAUGGUCGUCGUCGAAUAUGGCUUGACAUCAAGCUCUCCGAGUGGCUUGCUUACACUCGUGGUCAGCUCAGACGGUGUCGACGUUGCCAUGUGGAGGGAAACCGAAGCGAAGGACAUCAGAAAGUUGAUCCGUGCUCUUCGAAGGAUGAUGGACGACGACAUGGCUCUCGUCAGACGAGACGCUCCAUCUCCCGUCUCCCCCAAAUCCUCUCGUUCGCAAUCCUCGCAGGCAGAAUUUGACGACAAGUCGAUUCAGGACCUAAGAGACGACUUGUAUGAUCGCCUGAUUGGGCCUAUAGAAGUAAAGCUGCGUGCAAAAUCCCCACGGAGGGUCAUCGUCAUUCCAUCCGGUGAACUGGCCCACAUCCCCUGGGCCAUGCUGCUGGAGUAUCCCUUCUCAAUCGUCCCCUCUCUAUCGAUUUGGCAACGUCUGCAUCAGCACCAGCCCGCCUCGGCACCGAAAGCGCCGAAUGUAUCGGUCUUCAGCAACAAACCGACGAACGAAGACGGCAUUUCUCGUGACAUUCCGUACUCGCGGAUUGAGGCGCUGUAUCUCUCUUGGAUUCAUCAGAAGCUGCCCGCCCUUGCCGACGAGGUGGAUCUGAAGACGUUUGAAACCCAGUUUUCACAGCCUCUCGAGAUUCUUCACUUGUGUGCGCACAGCAACUUUGACUACCAUGACCCGCGCAAGUCUUCUGUACAGCUCUCCAAAGAUCCCUGGUCCAUUGCUCAGUGGCGAAACAUGUCCAUCAAGGCACACGUCGUCGUCUUUAGCUCGUGUCUCUCAGCUGUCUCUCAAGCUUUCGACUCAGGCAGCACGUUUGGCUUCGCCCACGCAUUGCUGGCUACAGGCACCCAGGCUUUCAUCGGCAGCUUGUGGCCGGUCGAAGACGAAGCGACCCUUCUCCUCAUGAUGAUGUUCUACGAGGAGCUAAGGCGUCCGCUGCCUCCCGUAGACGCUUUGUACGAGGCACAACGUCGUCUUCGCACUCUCAGCGAGCAGCAGCUGUGGGAGCUAGUCGAGCUUCUAAAGAGGAUGUUCAAAAUCCUCGGCACGAAAUCACACGAGUACAUCAAUUCUCCGAGGACCUGGAUUCGCCUCCUUGAUCGGUACGAUGUCACCAGACUGCGAGAGCCGAGAUGCUGGGCAGCCUUCGUUCUUACGGGCUACGGCUUCCGUACCUUGUAUCCGGAAGCCAUAAUGCAGACCUAGCCUGCUUGGAUCAGGUUGGCGACGCGCUGAGGGACCAGGACUUCCGCAGGCAUUAGACGUUUGAGUUUGGUUACAAAUGAUUAUGCAUAGCGACGCGUUACGGGAUGGAUAUCGACAUUUUGCGUGGUCAAACCCCCCUUUUUUUUCUAAGAGACCGUUAAGAGAUUUUUUUUUUUCUUCUCAAUAAGCAUAGCGUCGGUAUUUGCAUUAUACCCCUGCAGAUUAGGCGACUCUAGUCCAUCCUGGUUUGAAUAAAAGCGAACUGCACAGAAAAAAAAAU